GAAGGUUUUCAGCGAUGCACCAGAUGAACUUCCGGUCCGCAUGUAAACCAAGCAGCGUGAUUAUUCUAAUCGUAGUCAAUAGACUUCAGUGCCCAUUUACCUGAAAACAUACAUUUGAAUCGGUGACAGCUGUUUGUGAACAUGAAGCUACUCACGCACAACAUGUUGACAUCUCACGUGAAGGGAGUCACUAAAGGAUACCCGCUGCUCAUCAAGGCUACAGAGGUGAAGGUGAAUGAGGUGGAUUUCAACCCUCAGUUUGUCAGCCGGAUGAUCCCCAAGCUGGAGUGGAGCGCUCUGGUUCAGGCUGCAGACGAGUUGGGUCAUCGGCAAGACCUGCCGGUUGAGCUGGUGCCAGAGUACGAGAAAAACGAAGAGUUUCUGAAGAAAGUGCACAGAGUGCUUUUAGAGGUGGAGGUGAUCGAGGGCUGUCUGCGGUGCCCUGAAUCCGGACGAGAGUUCCCGAUCUCCAGAGGAAUCCCCAACAUGCUGCUGAACGACGACGAGGUUUAGUCUCAAACACAGCCUCCCCCCGAGCUGUCACUAUAUUGCUUUGUGUAUUCAUAGAGGCUGGACUUGAAGUUGAUGCCCUGAGAAAACAGGCCACACUGUUUGGUUGAUUGCUGUUAUGACAUCUAAGCGUCUGAAGCUGCCAAUGGAGGAACAAUUAUUUCAACAGAUGGAAAUGUUUUCCCAGAGAAACCCCCCCCCAGUGGUUUUAUCUGUAUUUAUUUUUGUAACUGUUUGGGUUUGUUCUUUAUUUUUUUUCCAAUAAAACUGUCCUGAUUUCCACGACUAGCCAAAA